UCUUCUCUUAUUCAACCACCUACGACUACUCACUAACUACUAAGCUCCUCUCACGUUACAGUAUACGAAACCACCCAUACAUUUUUAUUACAUCUAUAUUUCUCAUUUCCACUUGAUAAUAUUACUGCACAACUAUGAUGAAUAUCUUAUUUAUUGUCUGUGUUCUUGUUAUAAGCCCCUUAAGUGUUGUUAUUGCUGAUCUUCGAGUUGGUUUUUACAAUUCUACGUGCCCAAACGCCGAAUCCAUCGUUCGACAAGUUGUUCAGAACCGCUUUAGGACUGAUCCUUCCAUAACGGCUGCUUUGCUUCGAAUGCAUUUCCAUGAUUGCUUUGUUAGGGGAUGUGACGCGUCUAUACUUAUUGAUUCCACGCAAGCCAAAUCAUCCGAAAAAGAUGCCAAUCCAAAUCUGACAGUUCGAGGUUACGAACUCAUUGAUGAGGCCAAGAAGAAUUUAGAAGCAGCUUGUCCUUCCACGGUUUCUUGUGCUGAUAUCAUAACAAUUGCCACACGCGACUCCGUGGCACUUGCUGGAGGCCCAAACUACAUGGUACCCACUGGUAGGCGUGAUGGGCUUGUCUCGAAUAAAGCCGACGUGAACCUGCCUGGCCCAGAUUUUUCAGUUUCUCAGGCAUUGCAAUCUUUCUCGGCCAAAGGGCUGACACUUAAUGAUAUGGUUACCCUUUUGGGCGCGCACACAGUUGGAGUUGCGCAUUGUAGUUUUUUCCGGUCCAGGUUGUCUAGCCCGACAAUGGAUCCGGCUUUGGCUGCUACACUGUCCAAGGUAUGCGGGUCUGGUUCAGAUCCGACAGCAUUCUUGGACCAGAACACGUCGUUCGUGUUUGAUAAUCAGUUUUACAAUCAGGUGAUGUUGAACAGAGGAGUGUUGCAUAUUGAUCAGCAGCUUUCUUUGGAUAAGUCGAGCGCUCCCAUGGUUUCGAAUUUUGCUAAGAAUGGGGCAGUGUUUCAGCAGAGUUUUGCCAAUGCGAUGGUGAAGAUGGGGAGCAUUCAAGUUCUUGUGGGGACUAAUGGAGAAAUUAGGAAGAAUUGCAGAGCUUUUAAUCAAUUACAACAAAAGAAUGCUAGGGCCUUGGGCAUAUUUUGAAGUGCAACCAGGGGAAGUGUAGAAUUUUUGGAACUGAUACGUCCUUGACUACUUGUAGUUCAUCUUGAAGAUGUAUACAAGUAUUAAAAUAAGAUAAACACUUUUAUAAAUUAGUUGAAAUAUUGUUCUGGUC